AUGAAGGCCCCACAUCUCAUCCAACCCGCGCGUCUGCGCCGGUGGCUGGCGAAUCGACAAUUGAGCUUUGAGGGGGGGUUUAACGGGCGAACGAAUAAAUUGGUGGAUUCUUGUUAUGCCCACUGGGUGGGGGGGUCGUUCGCACUUUUGCGCGCCGCCGAGAGCUACGCCAAACUUCUUCAUCUCUCUCAGGGUGAGCUCGCCGCGGGGAGUGCGCGGCCGCGGCGUUCGCCCUCCUGUCCACAUAAAAAUUCAAACACAAAACUUGACAUGGAAGAGGAUCAUCCCCCUUUGUCCUGCCUACGCGCGCGGGAAAUACUUCUUUUGGAUUAUGUUCAAUUGGUCGACGUGAACGGAAUUUCCUGUCAGAGCGAAACAGCGUGGGGGACUGCGGAGGAAAUUUAUCAGACCCAACAAACCACCCUUGAACAAUUUCUCUCAGCCAACGACGAGGCUCUGCUGGAGGGUCGGGCCCAUGAAGCAUGGCGGCAAAAAAUUGCGCGGAACUUUGAAAAUUCAAACCAAGACAACGAACCCUCUCCGGAAGUCCAUCCCACCCACCCCGACGAGGGUGAUUUUCUCUUCAACCAAACCAAACUUCAGGAGUAUAUUUUGCGAUGUUGUCAGGACGAAAAAGUGGGCGGGCUGAUGGAUAAACCGGGCCACGCGCACGACGCCUAUCACACCUGCUAUGCCUUGGCCGGCCUGAGUAUUGCGCAAAAUCUGCAAUAUCUCGCUCACGCGAAAUCCACCACGCCCUACGUGAUGAAGGCCUUUCAAAAAGGAUACAUUCCGGGAAAGAUCCCAGAUGAAAAAGACGAGAAGGCUUUAUCGAAUGGGGUGGAAAUAAAAAGAAAAAGAAGUUAUGGCGUGGUGGUCAAUAAGGCGGGCGGGGGCCUACUGCGUUCGAGCAACCCGAUAUUUAAUAUGCACCAAAGUCGGGUUCGCUCCGCGCUAAAGACGUGGGGGAUGCGGAAUUUUAUUUAA